AUGAGUAUGAAGGAUAUGUCCAAAUAGAAAAUAAAUUAAAAAUAUUUUAAAUCACCACAAUACUAGGAAUAAUCUAUAGAUGAUAUGUUUGCCUAAAAUUCCUUAUAAUGUUAAACAUUAAAAUGCAACUUAAUUCUCUGUGUUUUAUUUUGAAACCGGAAGUUAUGUUUCUCCCUGACGCCGGCUUGACGCUCCCCGCUCCGUUCCGUUAAGCUGCUCACGGUAGCCUAAUAAUAAGUAACGGACAGGUCAGCGGCGGUUGGCUCUUGUACGUCAUUCCUUCGCGAGGACCGACUGGUAGCAGACGUUGACGGGACAGCGCGUGACUGUUUCUUCUCCAAACACCGACACCUUUUGUAAAUGCUCGCGCGGCUGUGAGCGGAGAAGCGGACGCGACGAUGAUGAUCUCCCCGUGGGACCGCUGGUACUCCACGAGCUGCUGUCUGUGCUGCCAUGUCCGCACAGGAACCAUCAUCCUGGGGGUCUGGUACAUGCUCAUCAAUGCCGUGGUGUUACUCAUCCUGCUCACAGCGCUCAGUGAUCCUGAGCAGUACCACCUGACCAGCGCUGAGUUGGCUAAUGACUUGGAUGUCAUGGAUGACGCCAACAUGUGCAUUGCCUCGGCCAUCUCUCUGCUGAUGAUACUUAUCUGUGGGAUGGCCACAUAUGGUGCAUACAAGCUGCGUGCCGCCUGGAUCAUCCCAUUUUUCUGCUACCAAAUAUUUGAUUUUGCCCUCAACACCCUGGUGGCCGUCAGCAUUGUGGUUUACCCGAACACGAUACAGGAUUACCUGCAUCAACUGCCUGAUAACUUCCCCUACAAAGAGGAGGUCGCUGCUCUCAGUAACGUGUGCUUGGUCCUCAUCGUGCUGCUCUUCAUCGGCUCUAUUCUCGCCUUCAAGGCCUACCUGAUAGCAUGUGUGUGGAACUGCUACAGAUAUGUGAGCGGCCGGGGUUCCUCUGAAGUCCUGCUUUAUGUCACGACCAAUGACACCACGGUGCUGCUGCCUCCGUACGACGACAGCGUCAGCAUGCCGCCCAAGCAGGCUCCUCCACCGUACACCACAGCGUGAAAACAUUCCCAGCAUCCUGCUGACUGGACCCUGCUGUUACUAAAACCCCCAGCAAGAUUAAUGCACCACACUGCCUCUCCAGUGUACAGUAUAUUCAUGGAUAUAUUGUUGCUACACAAACAUUACAGCACACCCAUGCAUGCACUGACACACACAAAAUCAUCUCACACACACAAACACACGUCUACCACCACCGUGACCUCUC